UUGGUGCUCUGGGAGAAGGCUGCUUGUGUGAGACUGGCUGUGUGCUUGCGCUGUUUGUAAAAAUGUUUCCUCCACCUUUUUGACAGUCCUUCGUGGCCUCUGGGGAGCAGCUGGGGUUUCCCUGAGCGGUGACUCGGUUUUGGAGCGGGCGGUGUUGGGUGUUUGCUGUUUCCUGAGGCUCUGAAAUCUCAUCUGUUUCUUAAACAUACUUGACAGAUCUAACGUUGUUGGUCAGCGAAAUUGACGCAGGUGCAUUUUCCAGUUAUUGGCAUUGUCUACCAAAAACUGACUUGAGAAACGUUUUAAGUGUCAGUCCUCAGAACUUUUCUGUAUUCUUAACAGCAUCUGCCUUCUCUUCCGUAGUAGAGAUAAUGCUAAAUCUCAAACCUGGUACAAAUUGACAAAGCUAAUUGUAACUCCUUUACUGGGGAAUAUCACGAUGCCCUGAUUUCCUCCCUGAUAUGUUUUACUGUAAUUCAUACCCUUGUGAAUUUGUGCCACUGUGAAUGGUUGUAGGGAAAUGCCCUCAGAGGGAGCUUGUUCAGACAGCAAGUUUUGAUUGCUGUAAGCUAUGCAGUUAUCUGAAGUCUUCUUAUAAAACCUCUACAACAUCUUGCGGAAAACUCAAAAGAGUUUGAUGUUGAAGCGUUCAAUUGUAUGUAUUUUCUGUUAAAUAUAAUCAACACCCUGCAUACAGUGCUCAUGAUGGUUAUCAUGUUUGCUUGUGUUAGCAGUUUCUGUCGCUGCUUGCUGUCUUUGUAGAGGUGAACCAGGAACAACAAUAGCCAUAGAUUUCCCUUUACUUGAGAAAAGGGUGAAGGACAUAGACCUGUGGCAUUAAAAUACACUAACCCAUGUGUUGGAAAUGGCCUUGGAAUGCUGAACUCGGGAAGCAGCCUAUAAAGUGGUGGGGGUAGAGUUGUGCUGAGGCUAAAGCUGAGGCACAGAGAACUGCCUGCGUGCUUUGAGGAUACAGCUCUUGUUCCUACUGUACACUAACAUUAAACUUCCACAUUUCUCCUUCAGCCAGCUGUUAAAUGUGUGAUACCCUGGUGUUACAGUGGGAAUUUUUGUGUUGCUCACUUAAUGUGUAGGAAGAGAUACUUACAUGUUAUUUACACGUUCCUGACAAAAUAUCCGUACACUUACGUAUACAUAAAUAUACAGGAUUUAACUAUCCUGUUGGGGGAAUUGGUCAGCAAUAUUUAUACAACCAUAAGAUCUAUUAACUGUGCCUGCAUUUGUACACCUCUGUAGAAGCAUAUUUCUUUAAGAAAAAAAAUAUUAAUCUCUGUGGUUGCACACAAGCACUUAGGUUAACAAAACCUGGGUGGUUAAACCAUGAAGCUGAUUUUCCAAGUGAUGUGUGUGCCAGUGGUUUGCCUGGGUUACAACAGUGAUUAGACAAAAUCAUGAGGCAAAAUUGUACCAUGGGGAUUAUUUUAAACACAAAUAUAAAACUUGAGGUAUUUCUGGGCUGCUUAUGAAAGGAAGCUGGAUAAAUAUGACUGUGUAUUUACCUUACUGCUGGAUUUUUUUCCCUGAGCUUUGUUAUUAACUAUUGUUAGAUACAGGAUGUUGGGCUGCUGGGGUCAUUGGUCUGUCCCGAUAGAGCUGUCCUUGUGCUCUGUUGUUGGGUUCCAGCAUGCUCAGAGUCUGUGUUAUCAGUAUCUGGAACAAACUCAGUUUAUCUCAAAGAACGAAAUGUGCUGCUUUUGCAAAACUGUGUCUCUUCUUUACAUCUUUGAACUUAGAGGAAAUGGUUGAGUGAUAAUGAAAUCUAGUUUUCUGGGUCUUUUUUUUUUUUUUUCUGUUUGCUGCUAUGAUGCUUCAGACAUUUAACUGAAACAUCUUAUAAUUGUUCUCAGAUCCAAAGUUCAAAAAUAUUUGGUAAACAUGAGGUAACUUCAUUUGGAACUUGGUCUGGAGUGUCAUCACUUGAAAAUUGAGUGGAAAAAUAAAUCUGCUUUAGAUUAAAGUAUUAAUAUAUUGAGCAUAUGAGCUGCUUAACUUCUCAAUGUUGUUUGUAUCAGCAGGAUGCUUUAUUCAGCUUCAAAAGCCAAGGAGAUGUGGAUUUACUUUGCCUUUGUGUCCUUUAUACUUUGCAAAGCAGAAUAAAUCUGUGCUUUAAGAGUUGUACAGUUCUUUUGAAGUUACUCUCUAGCCUGUUACAGUCUCCUUGCAAAAGCUGUAAGCAGUUGAAAUACCACAGCCAAGAAGGUCCAUCUUGAGGAAUUUACUUGCGUGGUGUGGUGAAGAAGAUACAGCUGGUCACCUUGUAAUGGAAGAGAGCGGAGCUGACCAUGAUAUUGCUAUGGAAGGAUCUAAGGAUUUGUUCAUAGGCAGCUGUAACGGUACAGGAGAGUCAGAAACAAAUGAUCAGAUUUUUCAGAAGUUGCUGCAGCUCCAAGUACAUUUUACUGUUUUUCCUCUGUGAAAGCAACUAAUGUGCAUGGAUUCCAGGGAUCUCUUGUUUGGCCAGAGCGACUCUCCCCCAGCCCUGCCCAUCACAGUCCCCCUCUCGGGCAGUCCUCCGGCAUCGGCUGUGCCGGCGCGGCCGCCCCAGCCACGGCCCCACUCUGCCGAGGAAUUCCAGCUGGCAGAGCAGCCCAGGCAGCCCCUGUGCGAGCUGCAGUCCCUGGGAGGGCCCAGCGCACCCAUGAUGAUUGUUGCUAGCCAGUCAGAAAAUGGACAGGUGCUGCAUGUCAUUCCUUCUGCCCAGCCAGGAGUGACCCAAGUGAUUAUUCCUCCAGGUCAGCUUCUGGAUGUGACCAGCACACAGGAUAUUUCAGAAGAGAAGUGUGGUGAUGGGAACCUGCAGACUGUGGUGGUGGCUUCCAUAGCAGACAGUGCAAGCAGUUACAUUCUACAUCCACAGGCAUCUCUCACUGUAUCCAAAAAAACAACCACCAGGGUAGUGGAAGAUUCUUUUCCCACCCCUCUUCAGCCAUUGCCACUAAAUACACCUGCAUGGGCACGCCGUCUCAGGAACUGUGAGAGAAUUGGGGACUCGUACCGCGGCUAUUGCGUGAGCGAGGCCGAGUUAGAGAGCGUCCUGGCGCUCCACAAGCAGCAGACACAGAGCGUGUGGGGCACGCGCCAGUCGCCGAGCCCGGCCAAACCCGCCACACGCUUGAUGUGGAAAUCUCAGUAUGUCCCAUAUGAUGGGAUCCCCUUUGUCAAUGCAGGAAGCAGAGCCAUUGUAAUGGAGUGCCAAUAUGGGCCAAGGAGGAAAGGAUUUCAGCCCAAAAAAGCUGGUGAGCAGGAAAGCACCUCUAGCCAGCUCUACAAAGCCACAUGUCCAGCAAGGAUCUAUAUUAAAAAGGUCCAAAAGUUUCCAGAAUACAGGGUUCCUACAGACCCUAAAAUUGACAAGAAAAUCAUAAGAAUGGAGCAGGAGAAAGCAUUCAACAUGCUGAAGAAGAACUUGAUAGAUGCUGGUGGUGUCCUCAGGUGGUAUGUACAGUUACCUACUCAGCAAGCCCACCAAUAUCAUGAAAUGGAAACUUCCUGUCUCCCUCCUUCACCAUCCCAUCUUUCUGUGUCUUCUCCUGAGGAGGAGGAGGAAGUCAUUAGAGAUGAGAACAGUACUCUGCCUUCUCGCCUUCAUCCUCAGGUGGCAGACAAGAUCCGAGAACUGGUGUCUCAGGGAGUAGAGCAGGUCUAUGCAGUGAGGAAGCAACUAAGAAAGUAUGUGGAAAGAGAAUUGUUCACACCUGAUGAAGUGCCAGAAAGACAUAACCUGUCCUUCUUCCCCACUGUGAAUGAUAUCAAGAACCACAUUCAUGAAGUGCAGAAGUCCCUAAGGAAUGGAGAGAUGGUGUAUAAUUCAGAAAGUAUCCCAGCAACAUUGCAAUGGACCACAGACAGCGGGAAUGUCCUCACAGAAACGGUGACGGUCGCGUUUUCCUCCCCACCUUCAGAUGGGAGCUCAGGAGUGGAGUCAGUCAUCACCAAAGCAGAAUCCAACCAGAGUGGGGACUCCUUGAUACCAGAAACAGCUCAGCUGCUGUCUUCACUCUCUUCACUUCAGCCCAAGAUAUUUGCACAGCUUCAGGGAUUGCAGCUGCAGUCAGCAUUUACCUCGACAAACGGAUCAACAGCCCUGCUAGCUGUAAAUAACCAUUCCCCUCCCAGCCCUGCAGGUCUCCUGGAUUCCCUGGGGGGUGCAGUAGGCAGCCAUUCUCUAGCACUUAUUCAGGGGCACAGUCUGCAAGCAGGUGCUGGCCUGACACAGGACAAUGCUGCUGUGCCUGCUUUUGGGGCUCUGCCUGCCUCUGAUCAGAGUCUGGUUGCCAUGGGCCAGCUGGUACCAGCUGAAGGGGUGGAUGACUCCAGAAGCCUGGAAGGAGGAGUGCAGCAGAUUCUCUUGGGAGAUGUGCAGACUAUCCCAGUAAGGAUUGUGGACAACCAGCCAGCACUUACUGAAGAAAAUACAGAGGAUGUUGUUACUUGUGUGAGUCAAGUUAAACAAGAACCAAGAGAAAAAGCAUUGUCUGUGGAAACAGAUAAAACCAGAGACUGCCUCAGUUCCUCACCGUAGUUCUUCGCCUUCACCUGUGAAGCCUGGAAAGAUUUUCAAAUUGGAGAACUCGAAAUGGCUUGGAAGGAAAGGCAGGUGCUCUCAAAGUACUGCCAUUCUUUUUUAGUUGUGUAUGACAUUCAGACUAAGCAUAUUUUAGAGUACUUCUGACAGAAAGCUGUUUUGGUUUGACUGAUGGGGCUCACUGCCAACUCCAGGUCAUUCCGUUGCCCCGUGGAACACCACCCCUCUCUUCUGUUUCAAGUUUUGAGUAAUUUGGAUUCUAUCCAAAUGGCCCAUUUUGUUCAUUGUUUCUGAAGGUCUUCCACAAUUUAAUUCCUUAGCUUUAGAAUGUGGAUCACAAUGCUGAGUUCACAUUUUCUGCUUGAGACCCUUGACUUUUAUUGUACUGCAGAGACCAUAGAAUCUGUCAGCCCCAAGAUCACAGAAUCCCAACAGCAAAGUGGAUCAGUAUGGCAAUGGUUUUGUGACAAAAGGAAGGUCCAGGAUGCUAAACUUCAAAGUGAUAAAGGACAUGGAUGCUUAAGAAAAUGCAGCUUUGACCUGAUCAUAAUGUUAAUGGUGUGAAGAUCAAGGAGAGGAGAAAGGUGAGGUUUCCAGGUGAACCUAAGGUUGUAUGAUAAAGAAAAGUGUGUGAAUUGUAACAGUGAAUGUUUUUGACUUGACAUCUUUGAACUUCAGUUCUGGCUUUAUAAUGAGGUUCAUUGAUGCAUGCAGCCUUCCUUUGCAGUGGUACUGUAAUUGCAGUUGGUCAUAACAACUAAAUGUAGGAGUCUUUCUCAUGGAAAAUGAUUGAUGCUGCCAUUUCAGCUUAUCUACCUCUUGCUUUGUGCACUUGAAGCUAUCAGCUCAGACAAAUGUGAUUUAAGCUGCUGUUGUUUGGUAUGUAGGGCUUGUGGACACAUUCCUAACAAAGAGAAGCCCAAGAAAACAAAGGAAGUAAUCAAAGCAAUAUGUCCAAGUAUGCUGUCACCACAACAUUCAGAAAAUAAACUAAUCUCUUUCAAAAGUGACAUAUUCUAAGACUUACGUGGUCCAUACAAUGAAAAUAAUUACCAGGAAUCUUUAGAAAAUUGAAUGUGAUAAAAAUUAAGGUUUAGUAAUAUUUGAGUUAAAGCCAUAGUAAGUGACAAGCUGUGUAAUGUGUGACAGACAUUUAGAAAAAAAAAAUCACGCCUACAAAUAACUUGGAAUCAAUUUAAAGUCAUAAAUGAAGUGAAACUGAUAACAACAUAGACAUCAAGUUAAGCAAUUGCAUUGUUUGCUUCAGAUGUUGAAUUCCUGGAGCAACAUUCAGAGUAGUUUGUAUACAGCAAUAGGAGCCUUUCUGUUAUUAGUUCCUGCUAAGUAGUUGAGAUCAUAAAAUAGGGGUUUUUUCUGCAUGCUGUGGAAGAAUUGAGUGUGAGGGCUUCUCUCUUUUUCAGACUUGAAAACAAACAAAGAACCCUUGGAAAAUUAUUAGUUCAUUUAUGUAGAGAAGAAAGUGUUGUGAAUAUUAUAUGAACCAAAAUAUUAACAUUUUGAAUUGUUACUUUACCUUACAUUCAAGCAUUCACAAACAUCUCCUAAACAGUGGCCAUUUAAAAUUAAUUUUUCAUUUUAUUUUGAGUAUUUAAAGCUAAAACUUUCAAAAGCUUUAGAUUAAACUUGAGUUCCAAAUGGCUUUAUGUGCAAAAUCUGUUAGGUGCUAUAUCUUAGUCUUAACAUAUAUUAACUUCUCUGAGGUUAACUAACAUUGUAAACACUUUUUGUUUAAAGCUAAUUUUUCUGGGUUAGGUCCCAUUAGAAUUUUCCAACAGGGUUAUGCUUUUAUUAAAUAAGAGCCUGUAUUUUACCAUGCAAGUGCAUUAAAAAAAUCUCUUUUUUUUUGGAGCCUCCAGUAUUUAGUAUCUACACUGACUUGUUUUAUAGUAGGUUUACUCAUUCCUGGGAAGGAAAAAUCACACAAGAUUCUCCUGUUACAUUUAUUUAUUUAUUUGGUUGGGGUUUCUAAUCUUGCUUUAUUUGUUUGUUGGUUGUUUUUUUGGUAGGUUGUUUUGUUAAUUGUCAAAAUAUCUCCGAGAUGGAUGUUGUCUGCUGCAGUGUUAGUUCUGGAGCACUCAGUCAGCAGUCCCUUUCUCUUAUCCAGCUCAAAACUGCAUACCAGGAUGGGUACCUCCUUCCAUGCUGCUGUGUUCAAUCAUUCCAUCAUGGCCAGCUUUUCUUUACAUUUAAACUAUUGCAUUCCAACCUAUAUUCUCUUUCCCUAUAUUGCUCUUUUUUUGAGAAUUUUUCCUCAUUGUUGAGAAUCCUUCUUUUCAAAAGAAUUCAUUACAGCUGAAGAUUACCAGCAAGAGGUUAUUUCCAUUUUAGUUCUCUUCAAAGCAGACAAUACAUUUGUGAUUGGAGUCAAAGCUUAAGGAAAGUCAAGUUAUAUUUCCAUCAGUUCUUGCUUAGUUCCCUCAUUAACAGUUCUGGUUUUUGCACAGUUCUUUCCACAGUCUCAUCCUGUGCUGCACAGUAUUUCUGAUGGUAUUUCUGGUUUUGAUCUAGUGCUCACAGCUGGAGAAAACACUCUUUUAGUCCAUCUUGAAUUGCAGGUUCUGAAAUUAAUCUUGCAUUCUAUCCUGAUUUGCAUGGUACUCUGAAAACAAUAGAGGAAAAAGUUGGAAGAUUUUAAAGAAGCAAUAAAGAGUUAGUUGUUUUUAAAAGCUGAGGAUUAGACUUGCAAUUCUGUUAUUAUUGUUUAUUGGAAAAUUUAUUUUAAAUUAUUCUUGAGUCAAUACUCAUAUUUUUGUCUUCAGUUUUCUUCAUUUUCACAGAAUUUCAGUUCUUUGUAUCUUUGUAUCUAUGUAUCUUCCAGAUACAUAUUUCAGUUUAUUACUGUAUUGUUUAUUUUAAUUUAAUGUAAUAAUUCUUUUUCAAAGUGUGUUUUACAUUUGCUUUGUGCAUUUUGCUGGAGGAGGAAUAUGAACUCUCCUUCAUGUCCAGUCUCUAUAUUUGAUUUAAUGCCUUUGUUCACUGAUAUCCACCUAUAUUUGACAGAGAAGACUGUUAUGUAUCUGAAAAAAAUCAGAAGUAAAUGCUGCCACGUGUAAUGGUUAAAGUUGUUUCAAUAGAAUACUCAAGGCUGAUUUUCCAGAGUAAUCUAUGUAGCUUGGUUAUACAAAGUACUUGGUUAUUACUUUGUGCUGGAAUUGCAGAUGUUUACUUUUUCUUGUGGUUGUUGUGUGCAAGCACUUAUUUUGAAAACCUACAAUUCCUGACCUUCAACAGUACUGUAAAUGAACAACUGACUCUCCAGUUAUCCUUGUUGUCGGUUGUCUGUAAGAGUGAUUGGUUGCUUUACCAGAAGAGAUGUGCUUCUGUAUGUUCAUGCAAAGAUAACCUCUUGGUAGAAUGUAGAGAAGGUGUAAAAAGACACACAUUUCUAGCUCUCAUUCAAGGCUGGAGGCCUCUUGGAUGGAAACCAGCACUGGUAAUGAGUGCUUUUUGUGGUACAAAAUUAUUGCAGUUUCCACAAAAUUUAUAGGCACAAAUGUCUGUGUAUGUAUGUGUAUUUUUUUCUAUAGUAACUUAAUGUAUAAUAUUCCUAUUCAAAUGUAAACUACUUGUCCUUUUAAAGUACUGGUCUACUUUGUGGCUAUGGGAGCUCGUGGGGAGAAAUGCAAGAGCUCUUUCAGGGCAGUGGAUUUUAGGGAUGAUGGAAUACAAGUAAGACAGCUUCAGGGAGAAGCUUCAGGUGGAAAAACUUCUUCAGGUGGAAGAAGUUCCUGAAAAGCAAGGAUCUUGCUGUGGGAUGGCUGAUGGGGGCUGUGCCUGGGGGGUUUUGGGGUUGAGAGCCCAACGGCUCAAUGCAGUUCCUGAGUCUAUCCAUAGUCCUCUCUAUGCCAGUAGUGGAUAGUGUGAGUUCAUGGUAGGAAUUUAAAGGUAUGAAGAGAAGGGAAACCUGCCCUGCCCUUAAAAACAGAAAAGCUGCUUGAGUUUUGGUGAGGACCAGAGGCAGAUAAAUGACUCCUCAUAGUCUGAGGUGCCCAUUCUUAGCUUCUGAUAUGAAGAAGAAACACCUCUUCAGCCCAGGGCUGUAGACUCUUUUUCUUUACCUGUUACCAAGGAAAACAAACCUUUUCUUUCUAACUGAAUUAACCUGCUGCUUUUCUCAUCCCACUGACUGCAGCUCAGUAUCUGCCCAAAUGUCUCUUUCUUCACACUUAUUAAGGCCUCCACAGAAAUCCCAUGCCCUCCAAUUCUCAGUGCUUCACUGUUGGACUGCUGAAGGAGCUGCUGAGUUCACUGCACAGGUAAACACUGGUGAGCUUUGCCCUAUCAGUUUUUCUCCCUCCUUCCCCACAAUCAUAAGUUCCUUUAAAUGGCAUUAAGGUUUUUUACUUGCUCGCAUAGGUGUUUAUCCUCAUUAGUGGGAUGAGUAUAAAGGAGCCCUGUUUCACAGACCAUUUACAUUCACAGCAACUGAAAAGAUUGAUAAAACAAGGAGGAAAGGAUGGGUUCUGCCAGCUGUUAGGGCUGGCCUCUUUCAUACCACUUGAACUCCUGAUUCUGGCUGUGGAUAGUAGAUGCCUGUUAGGUAGUCUGUCUGUUGGCAAAAGUGCAAUUUUCUCCCUUAAGCCUAUUCAAGCAGAUAGGUUCUCAGAUGUUUAGAUAGAAAGAAUCUGUUCCAUUAGGGAUAGAGGGAGUGAUACAGCUGAGGAUGGUGCUGGGGAAAGUUACUGCUCUUUAUGGAUCUCUGAUGAGAAAAUCAUCUUUGAUCUGCCUUGCCUUUCUGAACAAAGCUCUCGUAGGAAUAGACUUCAGAGCCUAUCCCAUCAGUAACAAUUAUCUUCUCCCCAAAACAAUGCACCUCAUUAAUGAAUGAAACAAGCCUUGUGUAAAACAGGUGGUGUUAAUUUUUUAGGUCAGAAGCUAUCCAGCUGGCCUAUCCAACAGCAGCAGCUAAGGUAUGAUUUGGGGGGGAAAGGAGGGGAGAGCAAAUAACAGGAGUGUGUGUGCAUGGUUUUUUUUUUCCUGUAUAAGCUCUUACAUCUCAGUAUCCCAUUCCAUUUCUGAUGCACAUGACAAAUGGCAUGUUUAUUUUCUGAAGGGAUUUGAAGUGUUUUCUGGAGAGUCUUCAAUAAAUAGUACUGCUGUAUCAUACAAACUACUGGUACAUGUUUGUCAACUAGGACCCCAUCAUGAUCAUGUACAGAAGGGGUUUUAAAAGCAUGGAAAGCUUUACUAAGAGUGUCCUUGUCCUAAGGAGUCUUCUCUGACAGGAAAAUAGGAUCUGUGGGAGUAAUUCUCAUCAGUAAUCUGUUAGCCUCUGAUAGAUAAAAGAAACCUUGCAAAAAGCAUGUAUAUAAUAGCCCCUUACACAAGUUACCUUUGGAUAAUUAGUAGUUUUAAAAUACAUACACAUACAUAUAUAGAUGUAUGUACCUGAAAAUAAAAUGGAGACAUGACUAUAGUUGUUUGCACAUAGUUCUUUAAUACCAAUUUAAUUACACUUAUCUGUGAUUAAAUGAUGCAGAUAUUUUAGGGCACAUGUAAUCAGAUCUUUUAAUGUGGGUAAUUGGAAUCCAUGUUUUUACUACAGCCAUCCUUCACUCUCUGCAGUGUGGCUCAGUUGGUCAUUUGGCAUGAACUGGCUUCUGUUAAUGACAUUCUGCCUGUUUAAACAAGAGCAUGCUGUUCUAAGCAAAUUAAAUUUCUCACUCUUCCUGAUCUUUUUUCUAACAGGGAUUGAUAUGGUUCAUCAUGAAAAUCUGUUUGUAGUAUAGUGCUUUCAUAAGAGUUGAUUUCUGGGUCUUCACUAGGAAGGAGCUAGAGAGCAAAAGCUUACCUACUAUUGGAUCUGCCAUUUGGACAUUUGUCUAAUUUGUCUGGAUUUCUAUAGCAGGACAGUGUCAAUACAGCAUAAGCUCCCACUAAAAUACUGUAAACAUUUCAACACUCUCCCUUGGUCUGCUGUUGACAGUUCAGUGGCUCCAGGAAAGAUCAUAGGAAUAUUUCUGCUCUUUGGAGAACAGUUUCUGUCUGUAGAUACUAUUUACCACAUAGUUGGGUGUGGUAAUCAAGUGGCAGUAGGAGAGCCAGAAGCAGAGAGGUGUGUGUUGGCAGAUCAGUGAGAGAGGGAGUUCAGUGCCAGUGUCCUUGUGCCAGACUAACAAUUUCUGUGCUAGUCCUGAAAGCAGCCUUGACAAACAGUGCUUGUCUUGGUGCUGACAUAGCUCUUCUUUCUGCUUGCCCACUCAAGAAGCUCUACAAGCCUUCAAGGAACAUGGAGAGCAUGAAGGUGUGUAAGAUCUUAUGAGAGGACCUGCAGGAAUGAAACAGAGGAGAUUAAAGUUUGAUGACAUUACUUCUAUGUAAUGCACUUUCUUUGGUGGGAGGAAGAGGAUUUUCCAAUACAGAAUAAAAGUAAAUCUUCCUUUUCAGAAUAUUAGUAUUAUUGCUGACUCUCUCUGGUCUACUCAACAAAAUGCCUAGUGUUUGGACAGAUCUCAGUGUUUUUAUGGUGUGUUCCCAAAAUGUUAAUGAAUACUCAUUCAUACAUUGCCAUGUUUGCAUGUUGUCCUGAAACUGUAGGUCAGUGGCAUCUCCUUGAUCUUCUUAUUGUCUCUGUGGAUUUUAUUAAAGUAAAUGAAAGCUUGUUUUAUAAAGAAACAACAGAGAGCUUUUAUCCAGAGUCCUUUCAGAUAUACACUUUUUACAGAGUAAGCUUUAACUUAAUAAUGUUGUAUAUUUCUAACCCUUUAAUAACCCGAAAUAACCAAAGCCUUUUCACUUUAUUUUUCUUUUUAUCCAGAAGAUGAAGCAUUCCAAACUACCCCUCAAAAGCACCAUGCUCAGAGCCUGAAAGGAUCACUUACGUCUGAGAGUACUCCAGAUAACUCAAGAGACCAGAGCAGAGAACAGAAGAGGAAGACAAGUUUGCAAAAAACUCCCUGCAGGAGGUAGAAAGCUCUCAAAGUUACAGCUGAAGAUUGCAAUUUCUUAUGGCUGAAAUGGCUCACUUUGGAUGUGUGCUGGUUAUCUUCUGAAAGCAAACUGGUCUGAUAACUCCAUGGUUUUGGCUGUUGACAAAGCUGUUAUCACAUCUGAGGUGUUCUGUACAUGGAAGGAGAUGGAGGAAGUGGGAACCUUCUUGACCUGACUUCUACUGAGAACUGAUGAUCUGUGGAAAGAGGGCUUUACUGGUUUAAAAUCAAUAUCCUCACAAUAAUUUCUUGGCCGUACAGGUUUUUCAUGUCAGGUGCUAGUGCAUCUCUAACUUUGCACAUAAUAUAAGCCAUAAAAUUACCUCUCACUGGCCUAGCCAUGUUUUUUGUUGCCUCCUACCACUGUACUCAUUGCUUUCCAGGAGUGGGGAAAUCGUUUUAACAUGUUCUGAUUUUCCACUUUUCUGCCUUUCUCCUGUUACCUCUUUCUCAUACCCAGAGAUGCACAGAAACAAAUUUCUCAUUUUAAAAAAAUUCUCUAUCCCUAGUUUCCCACAUUUUGGGGUUCUGUUUUUGCUUUAUUGUGCUGGAGUUGGAUUUCUUAGAUUGAGAUGUAAGAUAUCUGCAUUUUGCUUAAGGAAUGGGAAAUACAGGGUGAGCUCCACUGCCCCCUUCAGUCCAGAAGUCCUUAGAGGAAGCACCUGCUACAGGUUCUGCUCCUGCACCAGCAUCUCCACACAGGUCAGCACAAAUGCAGAGCUGUGCUGAUGACAGCAGUGUCUUGCACUUUGUGCACCAGCACCUUAUCAGUACAAAGUUAUUGCUGAGAGUCCAGAUCAGUCUGUGGGUCUGCCCCACUGUGUCCCCACAAAUGACUCCUCGGGCACAACUUGAGAGAGAGCAGAGGAGAUGGCCAGGAAGUUCUUAAUGUUCAGCUUGGAGUUUGUGCUUCUCUGUUGAGUUCAGGUGCCCUGGAGCAGGUGGCCCUGUGCAGGACACAGCUGGUUCCAGGCAGCUCUGCGAUGGACCCAGCACAGGACACAGCUGAGCAUAUCAGUGAAGCUGGGGCACCUCUGUGGAGGUGUCUGUAAGGAAGGGAAAAUGCUGCAUGGCAGAGAGGAGUGAGGAAGGAGGUGAAAGUCCUCUCAGCAUCGAGAGAAGGAGAGGGAGGAAUUGCUUCAGAAGCAGGUGUGUUCCCUGCAGACCACAGAGGAUUACAUGCCAGAGCAGGUGCAGAUUUUCCUGAAGGAACUGCAGUCCAUGGAGAGGAGCCAUGCCAGAACAGGUUUCUGCUGAAGGACUGCUGCCUGUGGAGAGGACCAUGAUGGAGCAACAGAAAGGAGCUGUUGCAGACUGCAAUGCCCACAUUUCUCUUUGCCUUGUGCUGCCUUGGACAAGGGGAGACAGAGAAGCUGGGGGUUCAAAGUGUGAAGUUGAGUCUGAGGAAAGAGAGCAACAGGAAGGGAAUGUGCUGUUUUGAUUUGCUUUUGUUUCUCAGUGAUUUAAUCCAUUUUAAUUGGCAAUAAAUUAGCUUUCCUCAUAUUGAUUCAAAUAUUGAAAUUUACAUCUGGAUGCAAGUUGUGGUGGAAAAUCCUGAUGUCUCUUUGAUCACUGCAAGUCACUACUGCCUUUAUUUUUUAAGUAAUCAAAUUUUUAUUUUUAAGAAUUCAUUUUGUGUGAAGGAAGUAGGGUACCUUCUCUGAAUCAGCAAAUGCAUUUCUGGAUGUAUUCUGCUUAGGCCUUUCAAGUUCAGCAUACUAACUUCCAUAGAGUAGAUCUCAGGUGGAGCAUUAACUCAGGAACAUGUCUAAUCCCUUACAUUUCAGCUGGAAAACAAUACCAGACAUAUUUUUACAGGUUGGAGCAUGAGAGAGUCAUUCUGAGGAGAGGAUGCUGCAGCAGUAGAUUCUACUUUAUCUACUUUAGUAAA